CAAAAGCAUAAAUGUAUGCGUGAGCGGGUUUCUAAGUUGGCGUUUGGCCAGAUUCGCGACUACACGCCUUGAUCAACGAGAGGGAUGGCUUUCACCCUCCGCAUCUCCGGUUUGGGGACACGACCGAUUGAGCAACCCGCUGACGGAAUACCGGCAAACCCAUUCAACUGGACCACCGAGUUCGCCUCGAGCAAUGGGAGGCGGACGGUCCAGAUCGCCGACCCUCUCCUCGGCAGAGGCAAUCCCGCAAGCGACGAAGAUUUGAUCAAGUGGUGCCUUGAGAAGCACGUCAGGGAGCCUUUCGAAGCCACUAAAGCCGACUCCGCAGGCCGUCUGAUCCGCGAGUACGGGCAGGCCCUGGCUCUGCAAGUCUCGUCCAGCGGCCUACUUCCUGUCGAGGGACAUCUUGAGAUCGAGGUUGGCACCCCUGAUGGAGGGGCCGGCGGGCCUGGCCAUGUCGUGUCUAGCCUGCAGCGCCUGCACUGGGAAGUGGUGGAGGAUGUUACCGUGUGGCCUGAGAACCACAAGUUCCAAAGCGUUGGCGUCUGCAGGACUACAACAAGCGCGGCGGACACGGUUCCGGCAGCUGCGUCCGCGUUUCCACAAGUCCGAACCGGCGCAGAGGUCGAGCCACGGGCACGGAAGCACUUCAACAUACUUCUCGUGGUGUCCCGACCCGGAGGCGCCGCCGACGUCGAGUAUCAGCUCGUUUCCCGUUGUCUGGUGGACAUCGCCGACCGAGUGUCCAAGGCAAGUCCGGAUCUGAAGGUUGUCUUGGAGGUGCUUCGGCCUCCGACAUGGGCAGCCUUUCAAGCCCGCUUGAGCGAAGAUUCGGCGAGACGGUACGACCUGGUCCACUUGGACAUGCACGGCGCGGUCCGUAAAGCAAGGAGAGGGGUCGCAAGGGCCGCCGCGCUCUGCUUCUGUGGCGAGCCGAACCCAGACAUGCCCCUGGAAUCCAAGAAGGACUGGGUGUCGGGGGAGCAGGUUGCGAAGGUCCUGUCAAAGUCGGGAGUCCGCACGAUCGUCAUGAACGCGUGCGAGUCGGCCAACAGCCGUCGUGAAGAGUGUGGCGGAAAUUUGGCUGCGAUUUUGCUCGCUCACCAUAUGGACUCCGUCGUUGCCAUGUCCUUUAAGGUCGUCGACGAGGCUGUGGAGAUUUUUACCGACGUUUUCUACACCUCCUUAUUGCUUAACCGCCGGCCAGUGAAGGAGGCGGCCCGGCUGUCUCGGCUGGCUUUGCUUCAGAAUCCACAGCGACGAGCCCUUCAUAUGUAUUCGGUUCGGCUGAUGGACUACAUCGUCCCGGUCCUCUACAGACGCACACGGAAAGAUGUUGCCACCGACGACUUCGCAAAAGCCGCGUGCGGAGGCUCGCCCAACCGCGUAUCAAACGUGAUGCUCUGGAAUUUCGCGGCGAUCCUCUGGAAUUUCGCGACGCUCCUCUGGAACUUCGCGUCCCUCCAGCCAAAUGACCGACUCUGCAAACGCUAUAAGGGCGACGUCGACCAUGAGAUCGUUGGGAGGGAUGCAGAUAUCUUGCACCUAGAGAGUGCACUAUCUGCCAGGGGGCUGAUGCUGCUUUACGGACAGGGAGGUUGCGGAAAGACGGCGCUGAUGCGGUACUGCGCGAAAUGGUGGGAGCGCUCGGGAUGGAUCGAGCAAUCAGCGACUGUCGACUUCGUUAGAUCCCACCUCGGAGAGGGAGUGAGGGCAGGGCGUGUUUGUUUCCACGGAAUUCUGGAUCUGAUCGCAACACAGUUACGAAUGCCGUUGGGCUAUCGAUCUGAGCAGCACAUUCUCGACAAACUGCGAGGCGAGGCUUGCCUUCUCGUUCUGGACAGCCUGGAGUCGCUUUCGAGAAACGCUAGCGAGCUGGAAGCAAUCGAAUUCGAGCACGACGGGCUGAGCAAGCUUCGCGAGUUUGUGCUGAAGGCUUCAGGGGGCAAGUCGAAAAUCGUUCUGGUCUCCCGACACGGCAACGACCCCUUCAUCGACGACAAGUGCCGCUGCGUUCGCUACCAAAUUUCCGGGCUCAGCGUUCUCGCGGGAGCCCAGCUAUUCGAGCAGCUUGCCUAUGGCAAGACCGCCGAUGUCCCGAAGGCCCUGCAUCACCGCCAGAACAUCGAUUUGAUUCGGCGCGCUGUCAUCCUCCUUGAGGGAAACCCCGCCGUGCUCAAAGAGGUGGGCCCGGUGCUACGGCGCCUGGGCCACGACAUGAAGGCUCUGUAUGACAAGCUGCUCUUUGGAGUCUGUGAGAUUCAGCAACGCGAUGGACAAGAGGAAACCAGCCGCUUCGCUCACACUAUUGCGUGCAUUUGUGGUGAGCUGGAGAUUUUUUCGGCGCGCAACGAGUUGGUAUUUCCCUUCCAGGUUGCUCCUUUCUGGACAAUCGCUCCGAGGAAUCCACAGUAUUACUUCUGGUUUUUGUACCUCGAGUUUAUGAAAAUGUUCCAGGAGGGGUCCUACGCCGCCUGGCUCACCGACGAUUUCCGUACCUGCGUCGAACAGUUUCAGCAACAACAUGACAUCAACAGGCACUGGGGGACCAUCUUCCGGCGGUUCGAAGCGGCUGGGCUAGCGGAAGAGGCCACAAUUAAGACCAACGUGGGAACGGUGAUCCGCUGCUAUCACGUACAUCCCAUGUUGACUCUACGUGCUCGAGCUCAGGCGCCGCCAGAGUCUUGGGGCAAGAUGAAGUCGGCGUUCGUCCGGCAAUUUUUGCUUUGGCUCCCAAAAACCAGCGUCCAAGACCAGACGCAGCGGAUUUCCAGCGUCACGUGGGACGACUUUGAACAGCACGACGACUACGCGGAAAACAUCAAAGCCAUGGCGAUGGCCUUCGCGCUGGAUGGGCCCGAUUUUCAAGACGAAGUAAAGCGAAUGGGCUGCUCUUUAUUUGAUUACGCGCACCUACAUUCAAAUACCUCCUUCUUCACCACGGCGCGGCGCGCGGAGGCGCUCCUCCCGUUGGUCCGGCGCCACCUGGAGCGCCUCUUUAAAGUCGUGGACGCCAGAGCAGGGAAGGUCCCCACGUCGUACGAGCUUGGGAUGAUCAUGGACUACUCGUGGGAAUGCUACACGCACGAGGAACAUCUAGACAAGGCUUCAGAUAUCGUUGGGCGGGCGCUGGAAGUGCUGGAACGGUAUCGCGCCCUGAUCCCAUCCCGCGCGCCCCUGACAGCCACACAAGACUUCGACGUCUUCCAACUGCGCUACGCCGAAGCGUGCAUUGUGAACCGGAGAAGAGGCAACAUGGAUGGUAUGGAGUACUUCCAGAGGAACCUUGAGGAGGACGUCGGUGAAGACCACGAUUUCUACGCCGCCAUUCGCCGAAUCCAGUGGCGCAACCUCAGGGAAUGGACAACAAACGCCUUGGACUGUAUGUCGAGAGACAUGCCGCCACAACGGCUCGCGCUGGGGAGGAUGCAGGCCGCCCGACAGCUUCUCGACAACCCCAGCUUCCGGGAAGACGGCAUCGCUGGCGUGAUCGCGGCCGGGCUCCUCGACCGCACCCCGGUCAAGGAGAGCAUCGCGCCCGUCAUCGAAGCCAACCAGGGCUCCGUCGCUCGCUUUGGCAAGAUCGCCCACCGCAUCCUCAACGAGAGCGCCGCCGCGAACUUCGCCGAUUUCCCCGGCGGGUUAGCAGGCUUGGAUGCCGCCGCUACAAGUCAAGCUAGCGAUGACCCAACUCCCGAAACCUCGCCGUUGCAGUUCCUCCAGCAAUUGUUGCGCAACGGCGACAACAACGUUCUGGGCGGCGAACAAGCCCGCGCCGAUAUGUCGUAUCUCGUCGCCCAAGUGCGCAUGUUGGCCGGCCGGCCCGGCGGUGUGGAGGGCGCCCUCGACGACCUACUAGAGCGCGAGGCGCCCUCCUCGACGAGCUCGAGCGGAUGGAAGCGCCUGGCGGAGCUGCACCACGACCUGUACUUCAUGGCGGUGCCGUGGGAGGACGCGAGCGCACGCGACUACCACAAGGGCCUGCGCCACCUCGACGAGUACUGGCGCCUGCUGCAAAACGAGCCCAACGUCCCGAACCGCGAGAUGGUCUACACGUUCGUCAAGUACGCCGUCUGCUACAAUGGCAUCGGGCGAGUGCUCGACGCGGCGCGCGCGGUGCUAAAGGCGGUGCCACUAGUGCCACUUACGGUGCAUGCCGGCGAGUGCGUUAACGAGAUGGAUGCCGAGGAGUUUGACGCGUGGGUGUACCAACGGUUCGCGGAGCUAAACCAUCUCGACGUGUUUCUCGAUUGGCAGAACCUGGCCCACCCGCCGAGGGAGGUAGAGGAGAUGAGCCUCGCGGAGAGGUCAUCCAUGUUCGUUGUGAUGACACGGGCGAAGCAAAUUCAGCGAGGAAAGAAGCGGCUGAACGAGCUGGUCCAGGAGGCGCUCAAGGCACACCCAAGUCUGCGACAGGCUUUGGGCAAGUCCCUGCCUGGCUUUGCCGACAUGUAGAAGGUGUAUCAGUUGACAGAUUUUGAUAGCAGCCCAUUUCUCGAAAGUGCACGACUUUCCGAACCCCUCGCGUUUCCCUACCCUGGCUGACUUGACGCCGCCCCGCGGACGGACGAAUGUGGGGCUCGAGAGGGAUACCAUCAUUACGCGUCAGGGCAGCAGUCUGGGGAGGAGUACGUCCUAUUGUAUUUCCCGUCUCUUUUUUGUUUCGUGUGUUAUUCCAAGUUUCUCUUGUUUGUACCACUACUAAGUAGAAAUAGGGAUGGCUAUGGGAGCCCGUCCCUUUCACUACCCCUUCUUUAGACUUGAACUCGUUGUCUGUCGUCUGAACGGCGACUUCUGGUAGAUCUGGCUCCAGACCGGGAGCUCGAUGCCGAGCGGGAACAGCUGAAGCAACCCGGGAAAAAAGGCAACCAAGCUAGAAACUUCAACGAAGCGCCUGUCAGCUGGUACUCCAUAGCAGCUUCAACGGCGGGAACAACUCACCGUUGAAAGAGAUGCCUGACGCAGGUACAUCAACAAUAAAUUCUGUCGAAC